AUGGGACGCAUCCUCUUCGUGUAUACCUCCUGCGACAAGACUCUCACCGGCGCUCAGACGGGCUGGUACCUCCCAGAGGCCGCACACCCCUAUUACAUACUCGCGCCACACCACACCGUUGACUUCGCCUCCCCGAACGGGCCCAACCCGCCCAUCGACGAGUCGAGCGUGAAGAUGUUCACAGACGAUGAGAGCACACGCUUCCUGCAGGACGCAGUCGUGCAGGCAAAGUUCACCGCGGCAAAAAAGCUCGCCGAUGUUGACUCCAGCGCGUACGACGCGAUCUUCUACGUCGGCGGGCACGGCCCCGUCAUCGACCUUGCGACGGAUCCGGUGAACAUCAAUCUCGCGAAUCAGUUCUGGCGCGCCGGGAAGAUCACCUCCGCCGUGUGCCAUGGGCCUGCUGCCCUCGUAGGUGUCACGGGUUCCACAGGCGAGUCUAUCUUCAACGGAAAGGCCGCAACUGGGUUCUCGAACUUUGAGGAAGAGCAGGUCGGAAAGGUCAAGGACGUGCCCUUCCUCCUGGAGGACAGAAUUAAGGCGCUUGGCGCAAAAUACGAGAAGGCCGGAGAGCCGUGGGGUGUGAAAGUCAUUGUUGAUGGCAAGCUUAUCACUGGCCAGAACCCCGCUUCGGCGAAGGGCGUCGGCGAGGCUAUCCACAGCGCUCUUGCAUGA